GACCCUUCCCCGCCUCCCCAGGCCAUGGAGAGCAAGCUGCUGAUCGGAGGGAGGAACAUCAUGGACCACACGAACGAGCAACAGAAGACACUGGAGCUGAAAAGGCAGGAGAUAGCCGAGCAGAAGCGCCGGGAGCGGGAGAUGCAGCAGGAGAUGCUGCUGCGGGACGAGGAGACCAUGGAGCUGCGGGAGACCUUCACGUCCCUGCAGCAGGAAGUGGAGAUCAAGACCAAGAAGCUGAAGAAGCUGUACGCCAAGCUGCAGGCUGUGAAGGCCGAGAUCCAGGACCAGCAUGACGAGUACAUCCGGGUGCGGCAGGACCUGGAGGAAGCCCAAAACGAACAGACACGGGAACUUAAACUCAAAUACUUGAUCAUCGAGAACUUCAUCCCUCCGGAGGAGAAGAACAAGAUCAUGAACCGCCUGUACUACGACUGUGAGGAGGACCAGUGGAAGUUCCAGCCGCUUGUGGCCGUUUGGGGAGGGGGCAGCGCCCCCUAG